UCUCUCUCUCUCACACACUAUCACACUCCCCUCUUCUCUCUCUCUCUCACAAACACACACACACAAACACAAACACAUUCUGUAUUUUCUUUCUUUCUCCCCUACCAUCCCUUUUCUCUCUCUCUCCUCUCUUUUCCUCUCUAUGCUGGGAAUCCAAACGAGUGUGAGUUGCGUUUAUAUGACAACUAUUGUUCCGUCGGAGCAACUUCCCUCUCCCCUUCCCUCCGAUUCCACCGUCUGCUUGUCCUCGCAGUGCGCCUGGACCCGGGGAGUAGCGAGGCGCGUCGGCGCGCGCGGAGCGCAGAGCGCUAUCGGAACAUGGGUCAGAGGAGUCGUCGCUCCAGUUUACUUUCCGCUCCUCCGCGCUACGGUUUACCGGGAGCGCAGACGCUGUGGUGAACGUGAACGUGCGUGCGCCUCUCCUCCUUCGAUGUGCUUCUGAGAGCCAAUAUCGAUACGGGGGAAAGUUUUGGCAAGCAGAGGUACGGGGGGAAUGGGGACCCUAACUUUUCUGCUGUCGAGCCUCGCCCUGGUCGUGUUCGCUGGAAACAUCUUCACCAGGGCCAUGCUGAAUGACAUUGGGGACUAUGUAGGUUCAGGCAUUGAAAUAUCCUGGUUGCCUAACCUGGAUGAAUUAAUGAAGGGCUAUGCGAGAAAUUUUCGCCCUGGGAUAGGAGGCCCACCGGUGAAUGUGGCCAUGGCUAUUGAGGUGGCCAGCAUUGACCACAUCUCAGAGGCCAACAUGGACUACACCAUGACGGUGUUCCUGCGGCAGAGCUGGCGGGACGACCGGCUGGCCUACAACCACACCAACAAGACGCUGGGGCUGGACAGCCGCUUCGUGGACAAGCUGUGGCUCCCCGACACCUUCAUCGUCAACGCCAAGUCGGCCUGGUUCCACGACGUCACCGUGGAGAACAAGCUGAUCCGCCUGCAGCCUGACGGGGUCAUCCUCUACAGUAGCCGCAUUACGUCGACGGUGGCCUGUGACAUGGACCUGACCAAGUACCCCAUGGACGAACAGGAGUGCAUGCUGGACCUCGAGAGCUACGGCUACUCCUCAGAGGACAUCGUCUACCACUGGUCAGAGAGCCAGAAACACAUCCACGGCCUGGACAAACUGGAACUGUCCCAGUUCACCAUCACGGACUACCGCUUUGUCACAGAAAUGCUUAACUUCAAAUCCGCGGGGCGAUUUCCACGGCUCAGCCUUCGCUUUGAACUCAGACGUAACCGAGGCGUCUAUAUUAUCCAGUCGUACAUGCCGUCUAUACUGUUGGUGGCCAUGUCCUGGGUCUCCUUCUGGAUCAGCCAGACAGCCGUCCCUGCGAGGGUGUCACUAGGGAUCACCACGGUGCUCACCAUGACAACGCUGAUGGUGAGCGCACGCUCCUCGCUGCCACGGGCGUCGGCCAUCAAGGCGCUGGACGUGUACUUCUGGAUCUGCUACGUGUUCGUGUUCGCCGCACUCAUAGAGUACGCCUUCGCGCACUACAACGCCGACUACAGACUCAAGGAGAAGGCCAAGAGCAAGGCUAACAAGCUGGGCUCUGAGUCCAUCGUGAAGAACGGCAAGCAGGCCAUGGUCCUGUUCUCCCUGUCCGUCACCGGCAUGAACCAGGGGGUCCUGAUCUCCAACCGCCACGGCCGCAGCCAGCGCCCGGGCACCGACAGCCCCAUGGAGGGCGGCGGGGGCGGGGAGGACGCCGAGCCCCAGAGGAGGAGGCGGUCCCGGCAGCCGGAGGAGUGCGAGGAGGACAAUAAGUGCUGCGGCAAGUGCGUCUGCAAGCCCAUCGACGCGGACACCAUCGACAUCUACGCCCGCGCCGUCUUCCCCUUCACCUUCGCCGUGGUCAACGUGAUCUACUGGGUGGCCUACACCAUGUGAGGCGGCGAGAGAGAGAGAGGGGGAGAGAGAGGGAGAGAGAUGCUCCGUGGUGGUCUCUCUUGUCAGUGGCUGCACACAGAAGGAGGGAUGGAGGGAGGGAGAGAGAGAGAGAUAGAGAGAGAGGGAG